GGAAAUAAAUCCCGGGAAAGUUUUCGAGUGGAACGGCUCGUACACCGUGACUACUUUGUUAUUAUUAUUAAACAAUUCAAACACGCACAAUACAAGAAGAUCAUUAACCACAACAAUCAAACAAACCUAACGGGGGGUUAAUGCCAUGCAGCCCCAGCAGUGGCAAGAUGAACCCCCUUCAUUGCUCUGGGGUCUGGAUCCUGUGUUCUCUGCUCAUGCCAGACUUUAUAUCAAAGACAUCUUAGAAAUGAAGGAGUCCUAUCAGGUCCCAGGCAUUUACUUCUACAAAAAUCACCCAAUUGUUAAAGUUGAUGUUUUAGGAACUGUUGUGUAUAAACGAGAGAGAGAAGACUUCUUCUGUUAUGGAGUGGAUGAUGGAACAGGAGUGAUCAGUUGUCUCUGUUGGAAGGAUGAGAAAUGGAGGGAACCAACCGAAUCCGGUAGCUCACGAAAUACUCUGCUGUUGAUGGGCCAUGGCUUCUUUUGCCCAGCUGAACAGUUGAAGAAACUGAAGCAAGCUCAGCAGCUCAUUUCGUGUCUUGAGCUUGGGGACCUGCUGAGGGUUCGAGGUUCUGUUAAGAUGUCUAGGCAACAGAGAGAAAUUAAAGCAUCCUGCUAUUAUAAAGUGAAUGACCCAGUCAUGGCAGUGCAGAUCUCCUGGAUGAUGGAAGUGCCCCAGAUGUAUAGGAAGGUCUAUGACAAACCCUUCGACUUCACUCAAUGUGCUCGUGAUCUGAACUGUGCAGACUCCAGGGAUGUCCCUUCCUCCGUUCCUCUUCUCCAGCGGGCUAUUAAGAUGCUUAAAGACCUCCUGAGCCGUGAUGCAGUUGAAAGCUUUCGGCUGAAAGACGUCAAGCACAUUUUUGUUCCCUUGGUCUCCCAGAGUACCACAGAACAGCCGGAACCCACAGCAGUACAGUCCUCAACAAAAGAAGUGUGUCAUCUCUUCCUAGAAACUGUAAAAGCUCUUGAGGAUGAGGGCUUGGUGUUCCGCAAAGUCAUAUCUCAGGAUGAAGUCUAUCAGGUAACUGAACAUGACAGAGAGCUACACAGAGUGACCAAAGAUAUAAUCAGAGAAGAUUCCAAGCGGGAGAAAUAUGCUGAGCGGGGCUGCCAUGUCUUGCACAUCCUGUCCUGUGUGAGACGGACCUACAGCCAGAACGUGAGCAGGGCGGUUAUCGAGGCGGUCCUCAGAUCUUUGGAAUGUGAAAGUGAAAUCGUCAGCACCACAGACAACUACUACACUGUCUUUUGAGGCACUUCCACCACGGACUGAACCACCAUAGCCAGGACCCGAAGGGCUGCUGAAAUGAAUGCAUUGGUUCUUAAUGUCAACAAAUGUAUUUUUGUAAAGAAUUUUAAAAUGUGCAAAUCAUAAGCUAAUAGUGUUUUUUAAUUAAUUCAUACCUCACAGCCAUCUUUUGCUGGUGGAAAUACAGGGCAGUACAGUAAGUAUGUUUUGUAAGACACUGUAGUUGCGCACAAGAUGGCGCUGCUUAGUAACUGAGAGACGGUCUGGUUCGCUCUCCUAGGGGCUCGUUUACCCUACGUCGAAUACCACAUUUGAUGGAGUACUUGCUUUCUGCUAUAUAAUGACUUCUGAUUAAGAGAGAUACUCUGUGGCAUUUAAUAAUCGGUGAUAAUAUGGAAAUUAUGUCAGAAUGAAGAGUUGUAUAUGGCAAAAUUGCGCGAGAUUUUGUGAACUGACCUG